GUCAGAGAGCGGAGUGAGCGAAGCUGGAACCUUAUUGCUCUCUGUCUCUCUCUCUCAGGGCAGUUGUCACUUUGUGCUGGGAGCUGGGAAGUAGUGAAGCCCCUUCCCUCUGGGGACGCAGUGACACUGUGACUCCUAAUGGUGUAGCUGUCUGUAGUGGAUGAAACGUAAAUACGGGUCCGUCUGGCUGAACACUGAAGCCAUCCCAGAUAUCUGCUGAGAAUGUCAGGCCCAGUUGAGCUGCAACGAGGGAGUUUUUUUAAGUUAAUUGACACACUUGCCUUAGAGAUUGGAGAACUGAAGAUGGGUCAUUCAAUUCCUGACUUGGAUGAAGAUUCUCAGUAUGCCCAGUGGUUGAGAGCACAUGGGGAUAUGGAUUAUGACUAUCAGAAAGAAGAAGCUGCUAGGUGCUGGAUGAGGGAUUCUGGCUAUGAAAGCUUCUUAUGUAACCUCAGCAUCUUCGAUCGGCUUCUACACACCCAUCCAGUCUGGCUACAUCUCAGUCUGAGUGAUGAGGAUGCUCUGCGUAUUCUGCAGCCUGAGGAUGCUGGGAUCUUCCUCGUCCGGAGAUCAUGCAGGACACAGAAGAAAAUUAUAUCGAUGCGUUUGCCUGAGUCAGGGUCUCAUUUUGUUCAAGAUUUUCCAAUAAAGGAGAGCCAGUAUACUUUCUCACUUGAAGGAUCCUGCUUGAGUUUCGCAGAUUUGUUCAGGCUCAUCGCUUUCUACUGUAUCAGCAGGGAUGUGCUGCCUUUCCCUUUAAAGUUGCCUCAUGGAAUCACAGCUGCCAAAACUGAGACUGAGCUGGAAGCAAUUGCAUUCCUGGGUCUAGAGUUCUGGAGUUCUCCUGUGUACAAGAGAGCAGACAAGCGUUCUGCACCUCCUACGAGCCCUCUCAACGCGGGCAGCCCGAGCACAGAAACGAAGCAUUUAAAUGGAGUGCAUUCCAUUCAAACACGGACGCCUUCAGAGCUGGAGUGCAGCCAGACCAAUGGUGCUCUGUGCUUUAUAAACCCGCUGUUCCUGGAGGUGCACAGCAAAGACCUUAACGGCAGCCUGCAAGGGCAGCCUCUCAAAGCCGGAGAGACGGGCCGACCCUACUCCGCCCCGGCCCGGCCUCCCCCUCCUCGGCCGCCCGCGAGCAUGGACCAGAGCCCGGCUCCUUGCCAACAGCCCGGGGCCAGAGCGGCUCCCAUCCCGCCGCCCCGCGUCAAGAAACAAGCCGGCGGCGGCGGCGCUGGCGGGGAGGCAGUGGACAAGGGUGCAGCCCAGGAGGCUGCGGGCCAGGGCAGGCAGCGGCUCAGCGACCUCAGCAUGUCCACCACCUCCACCGAGUCCGACUCCAGCAGCAUGGAGGUGAAACGGGACUGCCCUUCCAGCCUGGAGGGGGACACCAACAGCAGCCUGGAGGAGGAGGAGGACUCCGAGGCGGACAGCGACCAGGAGGUGCUGCCGCCCCCCUGCACCCCCAGGAAGAAGAGGCACCCUUCCUUCGUCUUCCCCAGGAUCGUCAAGACCCACAUCCAGAAGGUGAGCGGCGUCUUCAGCUCGUUCAUGACCCCCGAGAAGAGGAUGGUCAAGAGGAUCGCCGAGAUGUCCCGGGACAAGCGCACCUACUUCGGCUGCCUGAUCCAGGACUACAUCAGCUUCUUCAAGGAGAACAAAGACUGCCACGUCUCCAGCACCGACAUGCUCCUCACCGUCCGCCAGUUCAUGACCCAGGUCAAAAGCUACUUGCUCCAGAGCUCGGAGCUGGACCCGCCAAUAGAAUCCCUCAUCCCAGAAGACGAAAUAGAUGUUGUUUUGGAGAAAGCAAUGCACAAAUGCAUUCUGAAGCCCCUGAAGUCUUACAUUUACGCAACUUUGAAACAAUUCCAUAUCUCCGACGGCUCCUGGAAGCAGCUGAAAGAGAAUCUGCUCUCUGUUAAACAAAAAGUGCCUCAGGAACUAGGAGUGGAUGCCUCUGUCCCCGAUACUAUCACCUUGGAUAAAAUAAGGCACAAGUUUCAUAACAUGCACAAGGCGUACUCUCCUGAGAAGAAGGUGUGCCUAUUGCUAAGGGUCUGCAAAGUUAUCUAUAGUGUUAUGGAAAACAACUCAGGAAGGUUAUAUGGGGCUGAUGACUUCCUGCCUAUGCUGACCUAUAUAGUAGCCCAGUGUGACAUGCCAGAGUUGGAGAUUGAGAUUGAAUACAUGAUGGAAUUGUUGGACCCAUCACUACUGCAUGGAGAAGGUGGCUAUUAUCUGACCAGUGUCUAUGGAGCCCUCUCACUAAUAAAGAAUUUCCAAGAGGACCAGGCGGCCAAGCUAUUGAGCUCACAAACCAGGAAUACUCUAAACCAGUGGCACAAGAGAAGGACUGCAGACAGCAGAACAGCCCCUUCAGUUGAAGACUUCCAAAACUACCUGCGCGUGGCCUUCAACAACACGACAAGUGGCUGCACAGCCAAGACCUUACUGGUAAGACCAUUUACGACAACAGAGGAGCUGUGUGACCUCUGUGCUGCCAAAUUCCAAGUUCAGGACACUGAGAACUACAGCCUCUUCCUCCUUAUUAAUGACACCUGGCAGCAGUUGGCUCCUGAUACCUUCCCGCAGAAAAUCAAGGCAGAGUUGCAUAGUAGGCCUCAGUCCCAGAUGUUUUACUUUGUCUACAAGCGCCUUCACAAUGACCUUCCCAGCAAUGCCCUUGAGCACAGCAACGCGGCUUCGGAAGAAUGCAGCGUCACAUCUUAAAUGAUGAGGCCUAUUCCCUCCUUUGCUAUCUCGGACGUUGUUUCAGCUUUAUUUUAAUUAACUUUUGUAGCAUGCCAGGGAUGUGUAUUCUUACAACCCAGUAAACCUUCAUAGGUAAACCAUUGCUGAUGUUCUUGGAGCUGGGUAUGUAUGUGUGUGUGUGUGUGUAAAACACCUUGCCCAAGGCACAGCUGGUUAUUGGGGUUUUGCAUUGUAUUGCAACAGAUAUUCACUCUGUGCGUGACAAAGUCCAGUCAGAUGCAAUGCAUCAGUGAGAACUGUCACAGUAGCUGGAUGAUUUGCAUCCUACUCUUAAAAGACUAAAACAGUGGGAAUAAAAUCAGUUUGGGCACAGGCUGCGUAAAUGGUUUUAUGUUUAUAGGAAGACUGUGUUUCUGUGGAUCCCAGAGACAUUAAUUUGGUAGCAGUUGCUGGUUAACUGAAAUUUUUUUUUAAAGUUAUUUUUUUAAGCCAGAAAUGAUUAUUCUUGUAAACAUCUGGGCAUGUAAUUGAAACAAGUGUUGGUUUUUUUUUAGGUUUUUUUUUAAUUAUUCACACACUAUGUUGAUCAAUUAUUUUUUAUUUUGAGCAUCAGGUAUUUGCUUGAUAAAUGAAAUUGUUUGUCCGAAUCAUUUACAACACCGCUGUUGUACUGUUGUGUAAUAUACUGCUGCAAUGUUUCCUGGUCAGCAGCACCAUCUGUGCCCUUUUAGUCAGCUCCAAAUGAGAUGCAACACCUCCGAGUCAAAUAUUCAGUGAUGUGGACUGCAUAGGCAUAUUCAUCAGUGUCCAAACCCACACAAUCUUUUCAAAUGCAAAUAAUGCGGCCAGUUCUAGGCACCACCCAUUAAUAAAGAUGGCCAGGCCUCCAAGAGAGCGUGGAAGACAUUUGCUGGAAGGUUACGAGGGAUGUGGGAGUUUGACUUUGUGAAGGGGCUGGAGACACUGCAAUCAUUCUUUUUUGAGUAGGAAAGGUUAAAGGGGGAAAUUGAUGGGAGGUGCUCGAGAAUGCAAAGGGCUGACGAGAAGAGAGUACGUUCGAGAGGCAGAGCGGUUUGGUAAACAGGCCCCACAGUUAAACUUGGUGAGAGGACACCGAGGCAAGAUGAAGGCACAACAAAUUACUCAGCAAGUUGUUCUGAUCUGGAAUCGACUGUUUAAUCGAGUCAAGCAAAGAGAUCCAGCAGAAACUGGAUGACAAGGAAACUGGAAAGAUUUUACAGGACAAAUAGGAGAGGAAUGGGACCAAUUGGGUAGCUCUUUCAAAGGGCUAGUGCAGGCUGAAUGACCUCAUCCCUCCUGUGUAAUUCUACAAUUUUGUGAAAUAAUUUGAAGAGAUCCAGGUGGUGUAGGAAAUGGUGAAGUAGUGGGGGUUAAGGAAUGCUGUUGAACUAGAAUUGUGCUCUGUAUCCAGCGUGCACGGUGUCUGAGUGGGGAGAGCUUAUUCAUUGAAGCUGAAUACUCGACAUAGUGAGUGUUGCACUUCUGAGAAUUAUCCGUCCCUCCCCUUAUUGAGGACUAAAUAAAAGUUAUUGUUCUGGCCUCCCAGUGCAGGAAAGAGCUGUAGUGUUAUAGUUAAAAGUGGGCAAUGGAAAGUUGAAAGAGAGGGAGAGACAGCAAGCAGUAGAAAAGGGAAAUGAAGAGACAUUGGAUUAUAGCAAGGGCGAAUGUGGAGUGGCCUGGUCAUAUUGAAGGUAAACCUGACCGUAUAAUUCUUGGUUUAGUCACCAUUUCAUCACCAAUUAAAUCCAACCACCCAUUCUCAACUGAGCUGUCAGAUGGUGAGCAGGCUUGGAAAGAAAUAUUGAUUUUUUUUUAAACUGUGUUUGUGUUUAGUUGCUACAGUGUUGUGUUUACAUUACUGUAUCUUCACUGCACUCAAUUGUCACUUAAACAUUCCAUGCUAGCUUUUAUGACAGUGAGAUUACCUUGUAACUAAUCCACUUGAUGCCCUGUGGAGCAUCGCAUCUCUGUCACUCCUUGCAUUUUGCAUCUGUAAUUUUGAGGGCCCACUUUGGCAAGCUGUCCUUUGAUGGUUUUGCAGGAAUAUUUUGUGAAAGGCCACGGAAGUACUUCAGUUUUUCAAGUCCUUGUUGUCGGAGCAGUGCUUUGUAACCCGCUGAGAUUUGUGUUGGAAUCCAGUCCAGGAUUGGGUUGCUCUCCCUCACUGGACACUCCGGCUCCAACAAUCACAUGAUUUUUUUAGGCAGUGGCUCAAUCGCACGAAACUGCGAACAGAUUGGAAUUACGCUGACGGUCUCACUGGAGUAGCAUUGAGGAUGGUGAAUGGGAAUUGGAAGUCUUCACACUGGCGCGACACUGGCACUGUUCUGGCACUUUGAAUCAGAACGCAGGGCAGUUUUUCAAAGCCCUCUCUGCUGGGGCAUUCAACAGCAGCUGAGUCUCUUCAGUAAAUUGUCCAGCCUGAGCGGCACCUGUUCCUGACCAGCCCAGGGGUAAAUUCUAGUACCAGUGGUGGCAGCAGGAAAAUUAGGAGCGGGUGCAAGUCUGUAACAACUGAGAUGCCAGGACUUUAUCAAAUAAUGAGUAGGAGGACUUGCCUGAAGUUUAGAUCCUUUGAGUGCAGGGUUAUGUGCAGGGAGGAAGUGAGCGAAACACGUACUUUAAAAUAAAGUGGCCCACACUGGAGAUCUUUGCAGUCCAAAGGAUCCUUUGCCACUGUGCUUUUGAGGACCAUCAUCCCUCAGUGCCACCCGUUUCUGAUCGAUUGCCCCUGCACGUUGGCACACACAGCAAGCACAGCCUCUGCUUGGAGAGACAGCGGGUCAGCCGUGCCCCCACCAAACCCAGUAAUUGUGGGUCAGGAUGACUUAUCCCUUCUGUGCAUGCCAGCAGACUAUGCCCCUUCAGAAAGUCACUGGGCAGCAUAAAAAGGCUUGUAGCUUGCCAACUGUUCUUUUCACCUGACCACAGAAUAGUCAGUCCCCAGGCACAUGGGUUAGAAAAUGGAGCCUAUUGUGCUAGGAGAGGUUUGUACGCUACCUGAACUGAGUGCCCUUUGAAAGCAUUUCUGGCAUUAAAACCUUCUGAAUGGCUAUAAACAAUGCAGGGAACACCCAUUGGCCAGUUUCUCGUCUCUAUAUCUUGGAUUUAUAAUAAUGAUGGGGAGAUCUGAAGAAAAGACAAUGAAGCAAAUUGAAGCUGAGGGGAAAUAGAAAGCCACUGAACAACGUGGGAUGGGGUGGGGGUGGAAACUGAUCUUCUCUGGAGAUAUCUUGAGGUGGAUAAGGCAGUCAAGAGAGCACACUUGCCUUCAUCAGCUGGGGUAUCAAAUAUAAAAGUUGGCAAGUUAUGUUUCAGCUUUAGUACAAAACUUCAGUUAGGCCACAUUUCAAAUAUUGCAUGCAAUUCUGGUCAGCAACUACCAGAAGGAUGUGGAUGCCUUGGAGAGGGUGCAGAGAAGGUUUACCAGGAUGUUGUCUCAUCUGGAGGGUUUUAGUUAUGAGGAGACGUUGGAUAAACUUAGAUUAUUUUCCCUGGAAAAGCAGAGACUGUGAAGGGCGAACUGAUAGAGGUCUACAAAAUUAUGGGAGGCAGAAAUAAGGUAGACAGUUAGAGUUUUUCCCCAGGGUGGAAAGUCAACUACAGGAGGGCGCAGAUUCAGGGUGAGAGGGGGAAAGUUGAGGGGACAAAUACAAGGAAAAUGUUUCACCAGAGGGUGGUGGGUGCCUGGAAUGCACUGCCAGUGGAGGUGGUGGAAGCAGGCAAGUUAGCAAUGUUUACUUCGUAACUUGAUAAAUACAUGAACGAGAAGCAAACAGAGGGCAAUACCUAGUGGGUCUAAAUAACGUUUAGCAAGCUUGGUGGACCAGAGGGUCUGUUCCUGUGCUGUGUUGUAUUGCAUUUAUAUUGACAUGAAGUGGCCAGUCCACAUCCAGCCCAAGAACAGUGUCAAUGCAAUCUGUGUUUAGUUUUUUUUAAUCUAUUAAACUGUAGAUUUGUCAUUGCACCAAAGAUAAACCUCCAAAUGCAACAUGGUUUAAGUCCAGACUCUAAACUGAGGGAAGUCUUGGGACCUAUGAGACUUUUCACAGAGACCGCAUGUGCCAGCGUAAACAAUCCCAGCCCUGAAUUACAUCUUUCGGGUUUUGUUUUUCCUGUCUCUCCGGCCUCUUGAGAACCACUGCAUUGGUGUCUUGAUUUCAAUUUUUGAAUUUAAAUCCCCUGGUCUUUCUUAAUUCCAGAAAAUAGCUUACUCAAAAUGAUGUUGCUGAUUUGGUUGACAUAGUCAUCCCUCUUAGAAGAUGCAGCUGUCUGGACCAGUAAGAUGCUGCAUUCCUCAGUGUGAGGACCGUCCUGAUGUUGCUGGUGGCUGUGAUGUUGACAAAACCGUAGUCUAGGUGCUCUUCUCAUAUGAGCUGCAUUUGAUAUUGUUCCGGGUUCCUUUAGAAACUGACUGUUGAGGAGUGGCAAAAUACCUUUGGCAGGGGUCAAGGUUCCAAAUGAUGUCCUUUUGAGUUUCACUGUAUCAUUCCACAAUUCCAAGCCAUAAAUCACGUCCUGGUUUCAUGCUCCAGUACUUGUUCGAAAACGCCUCUGGUAUUACAUGAUGCAAUAGCAUAUUCACGACCACUGGUAAACCAAAUUCUCUGUUGUAGUGAUGCAGGUGAACCACAUUCUCUGCAUUAACUUGUGCAGAGUAAAAAAUUGCCAGUUACCAGUCUUAACAACAGGUUAUACUACUGCGUAUAAUGGGAACAAAUUGUACCCUGGGAAUUGCUUACAUACAAUUUACAUGUGAGUAGAUUGCCUUUUUAAUGAUAUGGCAUUUGUGAUUUUUGUAUGUAGUUUAGAACAGUAUUAAGAAUUUGUAUACUGGUAUGGCAGUAAUAUUUUGGGUCCACUCCAAGAUACCACUAUACUUUAUUAGCUUACUGCCUGUACUCUGUACAAUUGAAACAUUGUA